GCUGCUUUUACCCUUUCUGGACAUGUUAGGAUUCUACUCGCAGGCCCCACGUUCAGGGACUGUUGUCAGCAGGCCUUUGACUCGGCAGCACAGCUCAGAGAUCUGCCAGCAGCACAAGGCGUCUGCUGCGAGGAAGUGACAUGAGCGCGUGUCUGAGCUGAGUCUUCAGUGCACAUUAACUGUCCAUGCGUUGGGCCAACUGGACCCCUGACAGUGGAGAAAAAUAUGUUUGCAUUCCCAUUGUGGCCCAGCUUGUUGGGAAGCAACACAACUCUUACACUGAGCACCACACUGAUGUUGGACUGUCAAAGUUGCAGCAAAUGAUACUUUCUGAAAGAUCGUAUCAUAGACGUAAGUAAUAAGAAUACAGUGGACCUGGACUUGAGUUUGUCGAUACGAACGGGUUAUUGACAUAAACGGGACCAAAUUAAGGGGGCUCUAUCUAGGUAAUAGUCGACGAUUCGAUUUGGAGGAGUCUGAUUCGACUGUCAAUCUUGCGGUCGAAUCAUAUGAUAAUGUCAUGCGACUACAUGGGGGGUUCCCACAGCUCCUGCUGAGCAUGCAUUUUUACGAAGAAUAUAUGUUUUUGCUAUAAAUAGCCUAUUUUGAUUCAAAAGCCUAAUUUGUGUUAAAUAAUUGAAAAUGACAUGCGUCUAACAGAAGAGAUACUGACCACGCAUUAAUAAAAUCACCCGCUUGAGUGGCAAAACCAAAGGAGCUGAGGUGAACGCUAGCUUUGAGCACUAGGAAAAGCGUCAGAAUCCACGGACUUAUUGGCUCAUAAUGGCUACGAAAAAAGGUUCCUAGUGUGUAAAUACAGUAUUUUGAAAAGACAGAAAGAUGUCACCAGAAAGAGAAGUGCAACGUGUGUCACCCGCUUCUUACAUAUGACACAUCAUUGGAUCAUUAUUGAAUAUCAUUUAAAACAGGUAAGGCUGUGCUCUUUUUAAAAAAAACGACUAUGGUGAGGCACCAAAGUGUGUUCAUAGGGAAGCGAGGGUGCAACGUCUCGGCAAUAAGAACAAAUCUUUGAAAGCACAAUUCUUCCACUGAAUCCAGUGUGACGUGGAGACUGAAAUAAAAGAAAGAUUUUCGCCAUGUGAGACCAUUUGGAUGUUAUAUCGGCAAAUAAGCCAUUUGGUUUUAUUUUCCUAUUUCAUCCCGUUCCUCUGAAACAGUUCAUCUCCUCUUGAGCUGACAGAAUUCAUCUGCAUGUUAGUUGAAAAUAUUUGUUUUAUUUUCUGCCGGUUAAAUGUCCUAAUUGUUUUACUGAAUUGUCCUGCUAAAGAAAGCCACCUUAUCAAUACACAGAUACAGUAUAUAAACAUUUUACCACUUCCUCAGCAGUAGUUCAUUAAAUGAAUUUACUACUUUAAUUCAAUUUACAGUGUUGAUUUACUUUUACGUUACUUUCCACAUUAUGACACACGGUCACGUUCACUAUUUAUUGACUGUAUAUUUUAAAGAUAUAAAAUCUAUUUUAAACUUCGAUAAAGAUAUCAAAUAAUGCAAUAAUUUCAAUAUUAUUGUAUACAGUAGGUCAUUAAAUCAAUAUGUCAGUUGAGUCUCUCGCCUAAGGGUGAACUGGGACAAAUUGUUUUCUGAAUGUUAUUGUUAGUGUGAACGUUAUCUGCUAUUAGUGUGUGUGUGAUGUGUCACGGCAGCAAUGCGCACCCUUUAACAUCCAGCAGGUGUCAGUAUUGAGCGACAGUACAGACAGUGUCGAUACAGUUUGGGUAAUGUGCCAAUGCUUCACGAGGCCUCAUCUACCCAUCACUAGUAUUUACGCUUCACGCUCUGUGAUUGGCCAGUCACACACGGGUGCAUUUGACAAGACAGAGUUGAAAAUGGCUUGUAUCGCAUUGGUCACUGCCUCAACUCCGGACGGGUUGUUUUAGGUUUUCCCUCAGCUCAGCUCGUAAAUAAAUAGUGACUUGGUAAACUAUUAAAAUAGUAAACUUGUUUCGUUACGUACGCAAUGCAUUUGACAAGACAGAGCUGUAAACGGCUCGUGUUGCGUCAGUCCCUCCCUGCCCUCCCCCCCCCGUGUGCUUGCUUCUAAUUUGGCUGUUGAUAUAAAGUCAGUUGGAAAAUUUUGCUCAUAGUACUGAACAUGGUACUGUUGAAGAAACUACAGUGAACAAGGCUGACAAGAUUAUUUCCCCGUUUGCCAUCACUGGAUGUUUGAAUGAAUUACCAACUUAACACAGAUCAUUUAAAAAAACAAUGUAUUAAUAAUAGUCUUACAGAUCACUUACACACAUCCACAGUACACAUAUAGCUGACUAAUAAACAAUAUAGCAACUUCUGAUCAAUCCAUGUCAAUUUCAGAAUUGAAAUGUACCGAUUUAAGCCCCACCCAUAUCCAGUUGUGUUCGGAUACAGAUAAUUUAGAUGGGUGAACAGAUACAGAUAGUGGUGUACUCGCUCAUCCCUAGUAUAAAAUAUACAAAACAAAAUAUAAAUAUGCGCAAAUGGAGGAAAACGAUGCCGGCCAACUGUUCAAAGACCCUGUAUUAUCGACCACUCUUUACGUUUCCUCGCAAAGUAAAUGUGCAAGCAGUGGGCUUGUUUCGGUUUUGGAGUGGCGAUGUUGACAGUCGCUGUAAGUCAGCUAGUCCGAGGGGCCUCGACUUAAACGGGCUCCACUGUAUAGUAAUCCUAGUUGGUCCAAUGAACUACCUUCGCCGUCUGCAUAAAAACAGAGUUCGGAACACACUGUGGUACUAUACCCUCGUGAACAUCAGUUCAACAACACCCUACUGGAGAAAGUAAUUUUUUGCUUCAAAAAUGGCAAGUAAAAAGGGAAUUAACAAUAGAAAAGAGACAGACCAUCUUAAAAUUAAAAAAUGCAGGUUUUUCCUCCAGAGAAAUUGGUGUUCUAAAACUUUUGACUGGUAGUGUAUAGUACAUUAUAAGUGAAUUUCCGCAAAGUAGGAUUCCUUAUUUAUAAAUGAAAUAUUUUUGUAGUUAGAGCAUAGAAAACCUGUUUACUACCUUGUAAAUCCGAUUAACAUUAUUAGAGCCCUCUAGACAUGAAAUUGCACCCCUAUAGUAACCUUUACAUUUGUAUUACCCAACAUACAGUAGUAGACAACAGAAAAACAUAAUUUAAGAUAUCAAUAUGAUAAUAGACUUACACGUGUGUGGUCCGCUGCUAGGGGAGUUGAAUGGGACGUCAGACAGGAAGUGACGGCGGUGGUUCAUAGUUUAGUUUUAGCUUGGCGUGGGUUACGGCCGCAACAGUAGCCCGUGUUAGGAAUUGUCUGUUGAGAGAUUUAAACCUGCAAUUAAAGCCUGUUGUUCUGAGCGAUCAAGGGUGCUUGUGUGUCUCACCGAACAUUACUGACACCUAAUGACCAGUGUAGAAUUCUACAUAUUACACCGUCUUUGAAUGGGCCUUCUGAAUGCGGGCGGCAGUGGCAGAGCAGGUCGUCCAGAAACCGGAAGGUUGGUAGGUCGAUCCUCGCUCCCUCCACCCAGUCACUAUCGUUGUGUCCCUGGGCAAGACACUUCACCCACCUUGCCUCCAGUGCUGCCCACACUGAGACUACCCCAGUAGAUUACCACCAGUGUGUGACUGAACAAUGGGUCCACUUCAUUGUGAAGCGCUUUUGGUGCCGUGAAACGCGCUAUAAAAUGUAGUCUAUUAUUAUAUUUUUAUGCUUGAAAAUACUUAAUUUAGGCAAAAAAUACAUACAAUUUGCUUAGAUGUGCAUAUUUUUGGACGAAUAAUAGAUCAUAUUCAACCACAAGACAGCCUGAUUUAUUUUGUGAUUUAUAUUUUUGAAAAUCUGAUGGAGACAAGCUGCGAAAUUUGAAGCGUGAAGCGGUGAGGGAUUACUGUAUUCCACUGUUUGCUUCAUAGGGUCAGUCUGAAUUUGUUUCCAAGUAACGCAGCUGUAAGCCUCAUGUGGUCCACAUGGCUGUGACAUGCCUGCCCCCCCCAUGAGUGUGGGAGUGUAAAACAGCUCUGUGUAAGCUUCACCUUAGAGGCUUCAUGGUCCUUGUGACUGGCGCACAUCUGCGUUUCCACGCGAAGGAAGGUCGAAAGGGUUGUUGUUGUAGCGAUUCGGCAAUAGCCGGGUCUGGAUCCUAAAGCAGAGAACGACACGUGAAUGCAAAAAUGAGUCUUUUCAUACAGAAAGCGUCCACAAAGGGAGUAAACACAAAUGUCCAGAAAGGGUAACCAAAAACCGAGUCCAAACAUAAACACUGGGCUGAGCCAUAAAAACAAUAACGAAAAACACUGCUGUUAAAAAGGGGGAAAGCAAAAGGGAAAAAUACUAAAUUACAACUGAAAAACCCAGGCAGGAAAUUAAUGGUAGCUGGAGACAGACUAACCACUGUUGGAAUAGCCAAACAGGGUAGGAAUACUCACAGUACACACUAUAAAGACCAGGAAGUAUACAGCGCUAGUGAGGCUACACAAAGAAGGCAGCGUGGACAACAAGCGUGUAUGGAAGGACAAUCUGGCACCGAAUGAGUCCAGGUGCCAGGCUAAAAUACACAAUGAGGCAGAUUGCUUGCAGGUGUGCACGGUUGGCUCCGCCCUAGCCGGCAUGGCAGUGUCCUACAACAAACGACAGACGGGCGGCAGCAGAGCAACAAACACAGAUCAUGACAGUUGUGUGUUGAUGCAGUUUCCCCAUGUCGCCAUCUGUUUCACAAUAACAAGUCAUAAUAAAUCAUCUCUCCUUUUUCCUUUUCUCUUCCCUUGCUCGGCAUGAUCAGGGCUAAAAUGGUUGAUGUUGUCUCACCACACGCAAUGCCAUCAGAAAGCGAAAUUCAUGUGGCGAGGUGCUUUCUCACCAAGAUUUUGCGAAGCUCUAUGAGGAAGAACCGCUUCAAAGGAAACAAUGAUUCGAGCUCACGGCCUCAUUCCUGGCAUUCUUCCAAGCUGAAAGAGGAGGAGUCGGAGUCUCCUGGCACGCCGGUGCCAGUGUGGCAGCCAAAAGAAGCAAGGUCCAAGGAGUCAUCCUUUCAAGUGGACCAGAAUAACCAGCAUCUGCUAACUGGUCAGCUCAGCUCAAUGAACAGCAUGGAGAAACUUGAGCGUCCUGCUCAUCCCUUCCCAGCAGAUUGUUCUUCCCAGACUAAAUACACCAGCAUCACUGAGCCUCUCAGUAAUACACAAAGCAGAAGAGACGCAUUCAGCUGCUUCUCCGGUGGCUCAAGCCCUCCGUUUCUAGAUCCAAGCUUGCUGGGCAGGAAGGGAACAAGCAUUGAAAACAUUUUUUUCAAGGGAUUUGCCGGUGAAGGGUCUGUUGCAGCGGAGCGCCCCAAAUACUUGCAGGCUCUUCACCUCGAGGGGUCAUGGUUAGACGAGCAGAACUCAUCUCGGAUGUCAAGUGAUCUGAGGCCCAGCGCUGGCCCACUGUGGCAGGUACCAGAGAAGAAAUCCCAGUCUCCACCUCCACCUCUCCCAAUGCACAGUGACAGUUUUGCUGCCAAAAAGGUGUUCCCAUACUCUGAGGGGUCUGAGAGACAUCGAAAGACUUACGACAGGUUAGGUCAAAAGCUAACUGAGAGUAACAAAUCCCUCCCGGAAAAAAAUUCAGAAUCUAGACGUAGCUUCACCCCACUGUCUGACAAGGAGUUACUCCAUCCCAGCAGAGCAGGUGACCACAACCAACCACGCUCAAAGAAACAUUUCUCCUUGUCCAGCACUGAUGUCAGACUGUCUCAUUACACCAACAUACCUGUCCACCAGAGGCAAUACAGUGACGAUAGUCCUUUCUACACCCAGACACGCGUAGUUCCUCCCACCAAUAUUCAGAGUGUUGGAAGUUACUAUCGCAGUCUUCAGGAUCUGCCGAUGAAGACUUACAUGGCCACCACAAACACAAAAAGAGAAAAUAGAGAACUCAACAGAUACUCAGGCCUGGUCAACAAAAGUACAAACCAUCAUAUGCCAUACAAGGAAAAUAAGGAACACAUUGGCCCUCUGAGAAACGUUCUCCUUGACCAUCAAAUUUCUGAACACUCUCACUGCCAUGGCCCUCAGGAUGCCGCAAAGAGAAGUGAAAGACACACAAUUUUCCCAUUUCAUCUAAAUAAUAAGCAUUUCAGCCUUUCAAGACUCCAUGACCCCUGGGUGCCUCAAGAAGACCACAGAAUAUCCUCCUUGAGGACCCCGUUUCUACACUCCCUGGCACAGGAGAGUAGAAUUCAUCCAACAGUUACGCCCAAGAGCACUGUGUCACCACAGAGUGUCUACGAUUCCAUGGCCCCCAGCUGUGAGAAAGUCAGUCGGCGCAGUGAUCGCUAUGCCACCACACUACGGAAUGAAGUGAAGCAGAAGCGAGUUGAGCUGCAAAAAAGCCGUAGUGCUGCAACACUGAGUUGCAAUGUCGAUGAUGCGGACCUGGCAGAGUGGAAAUCUGCAGAGACCUCUACAUCAUGUAGUGUCUCCUCCUCAAACACAUACAAAGACAAUCUGAAAGAGGCGCAGGCCAGGGUCCUCAAGGCAACCUCCUUCCAGAGACGUGAUCUAGAGCCCUUUGGAGCAGACGCACCAGUCCUUAAAACCACCAAUGGACGUGUUAGAGGGCGUAAGCGCUUCCCUUUGGCCAAGCGAACACAUUCCUUCUCAGAACCAGACAAGAUAGACAGGCUCGGGAUGGACAGAGAGCAUCAGGUUGCAUCAUUUGACCAAAUGGAAUUGUUUGAGGCCAAGCCUUCAUUUUCUAAGCCGGUUAAGCCAGUGUCUAAAUCCAGUACAGAUUUGAACCCAAGUGGAGGUAACACAAUAGAAACAAAGGACAGAACCCCUUCAGAAGUAGCUGAGGUGACUCAUCUCUCUAGAGAAGCUAGCUCCCUCAACCCCCCAUGGGAGGAGGUCCAACAGGACCAACAGAGGCUUGGAACAUUUGCUGAGUACCAAGCCUCAUGGAGCAAACAGAAGAGGACAUCUGAGGCCAAGAUCCAAGGCAGGUAUUACUCAGCAGAGAACAUCUUAGAUAGCGAAGCUGAGGAAAAGGCUGUGUGCUUCCAUGAGAGAUCUAGAUCUUCUCCCUCUGCCGACUUCCAUACACAGAACAGUCCAUCCCUGAUGAGAAAUCCUCAAGCCAAGCAGAGCAAUGACAGAAAAGAGACCCCAGUUCCAGGCACCACUGACCACCUGACUGGCCAAGAUGCUGUCCGCCCUGCCGAUGUUGCGGUCUCAUCUGGCCCUCAUAGCCUGAGCCCUGUCCUUGACUCCCAGCACGCAGUCCAACCCCCACAAGCCAAUGCCGUGUCACCAUCCCAUCCCCAUUUAGGCCCUGAAACAACUUCCUCAUCUCAGGAUUUCCUCUCAGAGUCCCUUGAAGACCCAGCGAUGCUCCAGCCCUCAUUUGGCUUGGAGACCCAGCAGUACGCCUCUAUCAAGAGGCCCACCCCUGCUGAAUGUCCUCACUUCUGCAGGAUGCCUGGAUCUGACAGGAAUGAUGAAGAACCAGAGAAAAUAAAGGAGCAGUCUGCAUCUAUCACCUCUGCGGUUAAUCAAGCUCGCUCUCCUUCGCCACAACUUUCCCCCUUGAGGCUGACAGACAAACGGCCGGCUGUGUCUGCGGAGGAGGACUCAACUCUAAGGUCUGAAAAUGACUUCAAGCUCCCUGAAGCUGCGAUGGAUGGAAAUGAAAGUAUCACUGAGUGCUCAGACCAAGAGAAAAUAGUCCCCCCGUCAGAUAUGUGGUGGUCUCCUAGCAGCAACAUCUCUGAUGUCAUCUCUCCGCAUGGCGAGGCCUCACCCUCCUCACGAUUUGUCUGCAGUCACCAGCCCACGGUGGACAGGGGACCUGGAUCAGUCAAAGGCAACAGCCUUGAGUUAGGCCUAAUGGGGGGAGAGGCCAAGAGAGAGCAACUAGUGAGGGACAUUAUGGGCAAAAAUAAAUCUCUGGUGGACAUCUUAGAUCACAGUGGAAGGAAGACCACCAUGGAUUUGAUGGAAGGAAUAUUUCCCUCGGAGGAGCGGAUCCUUGAGGGGGCCCAGCAGCGCAGAAAGACUUCCAACGGCUCCAGGCUACCUAUCAUAAGCAGGAGGGAGGAGGACGACCUCACUGCAACAGGUUCCCUGGUUCCCAGCUCCUCCUACUACAACACGUCAGCUCCAAAGGCUGAGCUCCUCAUCAAGAUGAAGGACAUGAAGGAACAAUUUGAGGAGCAGGAGUCUGAAGAUGAGCUGGAUGUGGACCUGGCCAGUAAAAAGCACGAGCUGAUUUCCAGCCUGGCGAAGAAGCUAGAGGUGCUUCGAGAAGCACGCCAAAGCCUACAGGAGGACAUAGAGGACAAUGAUGCUUUGGGCUUUGAGGUGGAGACCACUGUGCAGCGUGUCUGCUUGCCCAACCAGCUCGACAAGUUCCGGAUGUUUGUUGGUGACCUGGACAAGGUCGUGAGCCUGCUGCUGUCGCUGUCGGGUCGUCUUGCCCGGGUGGAGAAUGCCCUCAACAGCCUGGAAGAUGAUACACCCCCGGAGGAGAAGCGCACACUAACUGAGAAGCGCAAACUGCUAAUACAACAGCAUGAGGACGCCAAAGAACUGAAGGAGAACCUAGAUCGCCGGGAGUGUCUGGUUUCCGCUAUCAUGGAGGCCCACUUGGACACAGAGCACCUGGAUGACUAUCACCAUUUUGUGAAGAUGAAAUCUGCCCUCAUCAUCGAGCAGCGUAAACUGGAGGACAAGAUCAAGCUGGGGGAGGAGCAGCUCAAGUGCCUGUUGGACAGUCUGCCACUGGAGCAGAGGCCAUGGCUCUGAUAUCUUCUGGAGUGAAGGAAGAAGCUCUCACUGGCAUCUGGACUGGUUACACUGUAUUUGCUGGUGACACUGACACCGUUUCUGUUUCCCGUGAAGGUUUUUUUGUGCAAUAGUGGACAGGAAUAUUAAAGAAGUGGAUUGUGUGAAAACU